AUGGAGGGUGCGAAGGGACCAUGUUGAGCUUCGUCGUCUCUUCUUCUCUUGGUUAGUAUAAUUAAUUUGGUCGUCCAUGUCGUUCACAAACAUUCCUAACUGAAAGAAAACUACACCAAACCAACCAUAUUCCCCCUUCAUUACAAUUACAUUCUAUAGAGAGAGAGAGAGAGAGAGAGAUGGGCAACUGUCAGGCCGUGGACGCUGCCGCCCUGGUGAUACAGCACCCAUGCGGCAAGCUGGAGAGGAUGUAUUGCCCCAUCUCCGCUACCGAUGUCAUGAAAACUAACCCCGGCCACUACAUCUCUCUCAUCAUCCCCCUCACUCUCCCCGAUCACCACAACCAGACCGUCCGCUUCACCCGCGUCAAGCUUCUCCGCCCCACCGACACCCUCGUUCUCGGCCGCGCCUAUCGCCUCCUCACCACUCAAGAGGUGAUGAAAGUUGUGAGAGCCAAGAAGCAUGCAAAGAUGAAGAAGAGCGUGUCCUCCGAGCCCGAGCCCGAGCCAGGACUGCCUGCUUCGGAGACCGACCAUGAUGAGAAUUGAUGUUUUUGUUGGGAAUUUUAAUAUCAGGGUGAUGCAAGGCUCCGGCACCGGGAAGGCGGAGGAAGGUCGAGAUCGUGGCGGCCGUCUUUACAGAGCAUAUCCGAGGCUGCAACCUGAUCAAUACUUGUAUAGCUACAAGAUUACAUAAUCAACAAAUUAUUCCUUCCUUCUUCGACUUCAUUUUUUUUUAUUCAACCGGAGUUCUAAAUUGCCCCCAACUCCACGUUAGUAUAUAUUGUCAGCUUUGGGCAACACUCUCAUGGUUUAGAUUAAAUCUGUGAAGGUUGGUCGAUGUACCUGAACUCCACUUUAGUAUAGUAUCAUCCGAUUUGGGCAAACGGUUUUGUGUUUAGGAUACUGAUACUCCCCAAAAGUAUCAUAAUGGGGUUGGGAUGCAAUUACAAUUACUUAUUUCCCGAUUUCAAA